AUGAGUAUUUUAUGGCCUCGUUUAAUUUGCCUUGGCACGGUACUUUACUACAAACUUAGUCUUGGAUCACCCAGGAUUCCCGAAGAAUUUGAAGCUGAUUUGUUCCAAGGCUUGCCAACUUUGACAUCUCGGCCUGCAACAUCGAGAAGGCUUCCUGAGGAGUUCCACAUAAUUGAUGAUCCUUUUCAGGCAUAUGAUGAGUUCUUACUACCACAUGAGCACAUUUUCAAAUCCGACGGCUGGAAGGAACAGGCAAUCUCUGACCCUUGGGAAGAAGGAGUCGGAAGUAUUGGGUCACUAUCAAAAGAAAAGAUGGAUGACAUGAUUGGCGAUGAUGCCAAUGAAUACAAUGGACCAGUUGAACAGGCCACUAAUCGGGGUGAAAAUCCUGAUUCUAUCCUGGGGAAACACUCAAGAGACGAACCAAUAGGAGGAGUAGAUCGUCCUCAAAUCCAAGCGCCCAAGGAACCCCGACGGGUCUACAUGAAAAGAUGGUAUCGGUUGGCGGACUUGGACAAGCUCGAUAUCUUGAGUCUUUAUGCACUCGCGCUGAGGAGACAUAAGAUUCAAGAUACAAAUGGUGAGCAGGCAGCGAUUACUAAGAAGUACAAGAAUCUCGUCAAAGCAGAAUUGAAGGAGGUCGUGGCUCACACGUUUGGAGCUCCAACUUUGGUUAAAAACUUACCGAUCAAAAUCUCAAAGAGUGACAAAGGAGUCAAGAACACGUACGAAGUCCAGGUGAGACUGACAAAGAAGAACGGCUCAGUAGUACCAAAAACACACAGUUACCAAAUCUUGAGAAUCAUCGACGCUCUUGACAUUUAUCAUAACUUGGCCAAGUCUGGUGGACUAGAUCAAGUGAUGUUAGGGAUAAAAGGGAGUGCAUACAGAUAUUUGAUGGGAUGGCUUUUCGGCCUUUUGUUUAGAGAAACUCCGGGUAGAUGGCCCCUACUUGGCCGAAUUAAAGUCGAAUAUCCGCUAAAAAAUCCCGAAAAAUUCUUCCAGAGUAAACCCCAGAAAUGGCUAUCGGAACUACUAUCUGAAAAGUUGGUUGAUAAGACCCAAGUGUUCAUUGCUGCGAUGGAACUGAUGGGGCUUUGGUACGAAGACUUGAUCGCUGGUCAAAUCAGCUUCGCCAAAAACAAUCCUUCAAGAAACAUUCCUCUUCUUCCCAGCUUUGAUAAGGAAGUUUACGAAAGAGAACUUAUGAAAGCAUUACAAAAAAGUUACUAUCCACAUCCAGCUGAAAGACACCAUGAGUCCCACAACUGA